UAUACGCACAAUGAGGAGCUUCAGCUUAAUAUCAGCUUUACUUCUCUGCAGCCUCAGCUGGAUCUCUGUCUCAGCUUCUGAGUCUCACACUGUGGAGGUCCAGUCUGGUGGAGGCGUCACUCUGAUGUGCUCCAACAUUUCCAGCGUUCCAACUCAGACAGAAUGGUUCAGAGUGAUCAACAGAACAAAGCCCAGCUGCAUCUCCUCUAUGUACGGGUCUGAUGGCAAACCUUCGUUCUGUGAUGGAUUUCAAAAUGGAUUUGAGAUGAGCUCCAACAUCUCUACUGUCUUUCUUAAAAUCAAGAGAGUGGAUUUAUCUGACUCUGGACUGUAUUUCUGUGGAAUUUACAUAGAAGGACAUACAGUCAUCGCUGGUGCAACACAUUUAAAAGUUCAAGGUAACAGUGAAUCUGAUUUUGGAGUGGAUUUAAAUAAAGAAAUCGUCACUGUUCUGGCUGUUAAAAUCAGGAAACUUCAGACAGCUGUGAUUGAAGAACCGCAGCCAGAAAGAAACAAGGAUCUGGGCUCAGAUGAACUGAACUACGCAGCUCUAAGUUUCCAGGUGAAACCCAAAAGAAGCCGCAGGCCUGCAUCAGAGAGAGAGCUGGAGCCACAUGUUGUGUAUGCUGCCACCAGAAAGACUCAGGAAACAUCUGGAACUGCAGCUCAGAGUGACACUGAUGCUUCAUUAUGUUAAUCUGCUGUUGUGGUUUUAUGUG